AUGGAGUUCAAGAACUUGGCUCUUCGAUCAGCUACUGCGGUAGACGCAUAUGACAGUGAUAUGGACAGCGAAUGGGUUCAAACACCGCCAGAAGACGCAUUCACAGACGAAGACGAGAUUCAAAUAGACUCGACGGGAGAUCUACUGCUGCACGUCGGCUCCGAUUCUUCUACCGGCACCACCAAAUCAUUUCGCGUAUGUUCAAACACAUUACGACGAGCCUCACCAUUCUGGAGGCGCACACUCAUUGAGACAACGUCAAAAGCUCAGCCGGGCGACGAGGAGUGGUGCGGAUGGACUCCAUCGUUGUACGCUUGCCAGCACGACAAGUCGGACGGAUUGAUGAUCCUGCUCAACAUCAUCCAUGCAAAAUUCUCACUCGUACCGAAGGAUCCUAGUCUCACGGAAAUUUACCACACUCUUUGUCUGGCAAGCUUGUAUGAGAUGGAACAUGUCUUUCAACCGUGGAUUGCGCAGUGGUACGGUAUGAUGAAGACCUCUGAGAGCACCAGAGACGGCCGGGAUCUGGCGAUGCUGUCUUGCAUUGCUUGGGCAUUGGGCGAUGAGAGACUGUUUGCAAGGACCAUCAUCAAGAUCAGCCUUACCUGCAUCAUAGAUGAUCAAGGUCACAUGGCCACUCCGGACGGGAUACGCCUAGAAGAAUAUUUCUAUGACUCUCUGGGCUCGCCGACCAUACCUGGUAAACGCCCUCACGUUCCGCGUUCGCUCAAGCCCCAUGCUAAGAAUAUCUCAGAAACCAUCCGUACCUUACGCAGUCAACUCGCCGCAGAGCUACCUUCACACCUCAAUGGGGUUAUCGGUAGAUUGGUAGAUGGGAAAUGGCUCUGCGCUGGCAUUUCCGGAAUUCCCGUAACUCGGAAUAAAAAAUGCGACUAUGUCGUGCUCGGAAGUGUAUUGGCUGGCCUCAUCUAUGUUCGAGGAUCGAGAGCGACGGAAGUAACAAUCAGAGCCGACGAGAGCAUCAUGGACUUACUCAAGUCUCUUAAGAGGGUGUUGUCAUACGCUACUUGCUAUGAGAAGCACCCGGAAUGCAACCCAGCAGAGCGAAUUUCGGAAGCCAUGAAGAAAACAAUCAACGAAAUGGAAAUACCUUUGAGUUCAGAUUGCUUGACAGCAGCAUUGGAAAGUCGCAUGGAGAUCUGGCGUUUGUAG